UCGUGAAUUUGACGAGGAACAGACACGGGCUGAUAUAAUCAAAACGAUGGAAGAAUCGCUCAUGCCAUCUGGUGAGACAAUUCCGAACCUUUUGUGGAUUCCCGACGGUCCUGACAAACGCUCCUGGUACAAUCAACGACCGGGAACAGCGUAGAAUAGACGCCAUUAAGAAAUGCGUCUACCAAUUCAAGAUUUCAGUCAAUCAAGAAGAGAUUGCCACAUCGGAUGUCUUCCACAUGGACCAAGAUUUUACGGCCGAUGAGAUUCAACAAGCCUUUCAUUUAUGGAUCAGAGACAAGCCGCAAAACAUUUCCAUUCAAUUGUUCCACAAAAUCAGGCAGAGUCAGAAAAAAUGGAUUUUACUCGCCGUUGUAAAUGUUCCCAUCCCAUCGGCGAAUGCAAGUUUCGCCAAACAGCCUGAAAGACAUUUGAAAUUCCAAAGCGCUUUGGUUGAGCAGCCGACGGACGAUUUCGGAACAGUCGGCUGCGGAUGGAAGCAACCAGGACAAGAAAACGAACAAAACCAACAAGAAAAAUGGACAAGUGGAACGUUGGUAGUCAAAAUAGGAUGGGGCACAGACAGUCAGGGCAACAUUAAAGCGCCAAUCAACACAGACGUUCCGCCAACAGCUAAUGCUGAGACGUCGGUAUGGAUCAAUACGAAAACGCAACUGGACCCGAACGAUCCGGCCAAUGCAGAGACGCUAGACAAAAUCGAGAAAAUGAAACGGCUGGAAUGGAGGGCCGGUAAAAGUGACAGAGAAGUCGUCAAAAAUGACGAUGAACAAACGUUCUGUUCUGCAGAGCAAUUCGACUCCAACGUUCGUUUCCAACUGCUUAGAAGACGGGCGGAUGAAACGAAACCUUUUGCCCACUUGACCAUGAUUCCUAGUCGACCAGAUGAAAUACCCAACCAUCUAAUCCACUUACUAGAUGGCAGUGCUAAGACAGGAUCAUCUUUCGACCGGACGGAAGAGGAUGAUCCAGUCAAUCCACUGGAUGCCUUACGACGACGAGGACAACGUAAAUGGUUAGAACUUUAUCCAGCAGUAGCCGAUCGGCUGUCAAGUUCCAGCCAGAAGAGGCUUCAGUUGGUCGAUCUCGUCAUGGAAGAUCACAUCCCAGAUAUAAGCACUUUCGGCGGGCAGUUGAUGCCCGUAUUUUUCAAAGCGCAUCGGCCAUUGCGUCCCGAAAGAAAAGAGCGCAACCCGAUGCCACUCCUGGCCGGAUUGACCAUCCAUACAACAGAGCAAGUCACGUUGAGAGUCAACGUCAUCCGCGCGCUCAAUUUGCCUCACAAAAUCGAAAGAGGAUCGAUGGUCCACCCGUUCGUCGAAGUGUCUUUUCAAAAAUGCAGCGCACGCACAACGGCGGGAAACGGCACGAGCCCGACCUGGAAUCAAGAACUGUCUCUUCCAGUCCAGUUUUCAGAAGGAGUUCGAUCACUCGCCUAUUUACAAUCCAUUCGGGAUGAUCUAUUCAUUCAACUUUUCGAUGAGGUUGUGGUCGACAUUUUGGAAGAUGAUCGUCAAAGAGAUGCGAGCGUCCAUCAGCGCUACGAGAGGCACUGGCUGGGCGGUUUCAAAAUUCCAUUUCAAGUCGUCUACAAGUGGAACAAGAUCGACGGCACUUUCACGCUGAAUACCCCAAUGGUACCCAUCGGUUACGAAUACAAUCACUACAACCACGACGGACCACUUUUGACGGUUUUGAUUUCAAUUCAUCCGGCCGUCAGUCCCCCCAGAAUCAAUCAAGUCAACGGGCCGAGUAUGGAGGACGAGGUGUUGGUGGAAUACAUAAACGGAUGGAAGAACAGCCUCUUCAAAGAGUUCCCACAUUUAGACGGCCUAAUCGAUCCACUGGUGGUCAAUGAAAAGGCCAUGACCGUCUACAUCGGCCGUUACUUGACGCCACUUCGAACCCCCCGAGCAACUGCAAGGAUCCAGUGACGAAGAGACUUUAAAAAACCUUUGCCAAUUUGUAGCUGCCAUUCCAUCGGCACCCACCAAUCAACCCAUUUUGACCAGGAGGAUUUGGCUCACGUCUCAAACGGUGCUGGAAUGGUUGGUCGGCGGGGACGAAGAAAGGGCCGUGUUAUUACACAACUACCUGGCGGCACUCAGCUACGAGGUGUACAUUCUGCUGGGCAUGGCCGUGCCCGAGGGAGAGACGGCCUUUGUUCUUUAUCGAAACAAGACAAACCAAACAAUGCGAAUGAUCAAUCCGACAACAGGAAUCAAUACAAACGCCAGCCGAUCCUACAUGUGCUUUACAGCAAGUAUGGGCUUUGUUUAAUCAAAACAACAUGCGUUGAUAUCCAAACAGUUUUGGGUCAACAUCCACUUUAAAGUUCACCCUAGUCAAUUGCAAUACCAAGUCAGCAAAGAUGAUUGGCGCCCUCUGUUUUCAAGAAGAUUCCCCAAUCCACAAUUGAAUACAAUUCAAACACCAGAAAAUCUAAUCUAUACAUCAACAAGCGCGAAAGACGUACGUCAAUUGGAAGAGUCCAUCGUCGACCAUCUCAAACAGUCUUUUACGAAGUGGAGGAAGACAACAAGGACAAAAUGGAAUAGACACGCAAGCCAAAUCUUUCGUGACAUUCUGAUUCAAACAGCUGACGGAGACUUGACGCCCACGUCGAACAAUUUGGAACAGUUACUGGAAACUUAUAAAGUUUUUGGAAUUCCAAUCAAGACGACCUAUGUUAACAUGGAAAGUCUCAGCGACAUGCUUUACGCUACAGGUCUACACCGCCAUCACGGCUUUGACUUUGCUCUAUCAGCUUUCAUCAAGUCAUAUCCUAACCAUCUGAUCCACAUUUUCAUUUUUGGCGCUUACUUGGAAAACUCUCUAAGCCAAUUUUGCCCUAUCGUAAUCACUAACUGCAAAAAAUCUGCGUUUUGAAACGAAAACGGACAAAAAUGAUAAAUGCAAUAAAAAUUUGCCUUCAUGUCAA